AUGGGGUGGCACGGCUGUGGUCCCAGGGCGCCGCCGCCGCCGCCCCUGCUCACGGAGCGGCGCAACCAUGGCCCCCUGCAGCGCCCCUGCCUGCGCCGGCCGCGCCCGGCACUGCCGCUGCCCCACGGAUGGCCUGUGCUCGGGAUGCCCGCGCCCGCGGCGACGCCCGUGGCCGCACCCACGGCGCCUUUUCACACGCCCGCGGUGCCUUUGCCCGUGACAGCCGCGCUGGCCAUGGCGCGCGUGCCCGUGCCCGCGCCGGCCGCGGCGCCCGCGCAUGCGCCCGCAUGGCCUGCGUUCGGUAUGCCCCCCGCGGACGCGCCGUUCGCUGCCGUCUCCUUCCGCUGGCAGCAGAUGAGCGCCGGCGCUGCUACGGCUGAAGCUGCUCUCGCCGCGGCCCUCCUCGCCGCCAAGUCUGAGGCUUCAGCGGCUCAGGAGCGCAUCCGUACGAUUGCCUUCGCUUGGGAACAUCUUCAACCCGUCGUCCCCUUCACCGAGCACGGCGCUCUGUCCUCCCACUAG